AGCAGUCAAAUUUUAGCUGUUGAACUAACAACAGCUUAUUUUAGAAUUGAUAUAAGUUAUUAAUAUUUUAAAAAUGAAAGCCGCCCGAAACUUCAUCACACUCGCAUUUGUCGUCUGCUGUUGUCUCUCUUUUGGCUUCGUCAACGGCUUGAAAUGCUAUUCCUGCGUAAGCUCGUAUGAUUGCAGAUCACCGAAAAAAGUGGACUGUACCUACCCGUUGGCCGAUGCGACUUUGAAUCAUCUGAACUAUUAUUAUCUGAAUGUACCGAGCACCAACACCACGAGGGAUAUGAAUUGUCUGCGUGAUUCGCUGCAGACACCAAGUGGACCCGUUGAUCACUGGGGUUGCAUAUACAGCAGCGUUCAUGUAUGCACUUACAGCGUGCGCCCACAAUUCCAACAGAACUUCACGCGGUCUUGCCUUCAAUGCAACCGGGACGGCUGCAAUCCCGCCGCACGUGCUGGCGUCAGUUUACUCACAGUCGUGUCCGUAAUAAUUGUGACUGUGUUAGCGUCAGCGGUGUGGUGCAAGUGAAAUUGUUUAAAGCGAUUACCAAUUAAUCGAUUAGAGUGUUUACGUAUCUAUUUGUUGUGUAUGUGGUAUAUGUAAUGCCUUUUCGAUGUGCAAUGAUAACGAACAAUUUGAGGUUUGAAAGCCAGAUUAAAAAAAUUAAAACAAGUAUGUGGGGUCUCAGCCUUGCUUGAUGUUGUUUGUUAUACGUAUAAAA